GUCUGUGAGCACGGGGCGGGGCGGACGGAGGCUCAGGAGGACGCGCGAGCGGAAGGCCGCGGGCGGGUACUUCCGGUCUUUGUGGCUCGCUGCUGCAGGUCCGCGGCCCGCGCCCUGGCCGCUCGUGGGCUUCGCGUAUAAAUGUGGUAGGAAUUCUACAGAAUGAGAGACAUUGAAUGAGGAAAGAAGAGAUUACCCAAAGAAACUCUGAAGUACAGGACCCAGUUUUAGUGAGCUUCACGCUAAGCCGUUUCAGCCCAGAAUGGCUGUGGAAUCCAGAGCAGUUUCAACCCCAGUACCUCAGAAUUCUCAGGAACAAGAGCUGAUACUCGUGAAAGUAGAAGAAAGCCGUUCUUGGGGUCAAAAACUUAAGCAGAGUGGGAGUGCCCGAUCCUGCCAAGAAUUGUUUCGCCAGCAGUUCAGAAAGUUCUGCUACCAGGAGACACCGGGGCCCCGGGAAGCGCUGGGCCGACUCCAGGAGCUUUGCUAUCAGUGGCUCAGGCCUGAGUUGCACACGAAGGAGCAGAUUCUGGAGCUGCUGGUGCUGGAGCAGUUCCUGAGUAUCCUGCCAGAGGAGCUGCAGAUCUGGGUUCAGCAGCAUAGUCCAAAGAAUGGCGAGGAAGCUGUGACUCUGUUGGAGGAUCUGGAGAGGGAAUUCGAUGAUCCCGGGCAGCAGGUGGGAACAGGGAGAUGUGAUAUGUUAUGGGAAAAGGAAUGUACAGACUCGAGCAUGUGGCAUCAUCAUAAGAAUGGGGUCCCAGCUAGUCCACAGGGACCACCAGUGCCUUGGAAGGAUUUGACCUGUCUUGGAGCAGCCCAGGAGUUUACACAUAUUCAACGCCAGCCUUUAAAGAAACAGCUGAAACCUUGGGAACCUUGCCUUUCCCUCAAGAGUGUGUCACAUAAGCAAGGGCCACAAAGUCCUAAAGAUGAGAGAAGACAACCCAUUCUGGAAAUUCCAGGUUGUGAGAAUAAUGAAUCAGCAACAAAGAAGGACAUUUCAGGAGAGAAAUCACAGAGACUUUCCCAGGAGCCUUCAUUUGGAGGAUUCAGUGAACACAAAAGCAGUUUAGAGUGGCAGCAAGGGAGUGCUCCAGGGGAGACAUUGAGAAGAUCCUCUUCCCAGGGGGCCAGUUUUAGUCCAGUAAUCUUCACACACAAAUCGCUAGCAAACAGAGACCACCACCCUGAGCCCCAGAGAAACUUGAUUCUAAGCACAAACUCUGUAACGUAUCAGAAAGUUCCUACAGAAGAGAGACCUUACAGGUGUGACAUCUGCGGGCACAGCUUCAAACAGCAUUCUUCUCUAACACAACACCAGAGAAUCCAUACUGGAGAAAAGCCCUACAAAUGUAACCAGUGUGGGAAGGCCUUUAGUUUGAGGUCCUAUCUUAUUAUUCAUCAGAGAAUCCAUAGCGGUGAGAAAGCCUAUGAAUGUAGCGAAUGCGGGAAGGCCUUCAACCAGAGCUCAGCCCUCAUUAGACAUCGGAAAAUCCACACUGGUGAGAAAGCUUGUAAAUGUAACGAGUGUGGCAAAGCAUUCAGUCAGAGUUCCUAUCUCAUUAUCCAUCAAAGAAUUCACACUGGUGAGAAACCCUAUGAGUGUAAUGAGUGUGGGAAAACCUUUAGCCAAAGCUCAAAGCUUAUCAGACACCAGCGAAUUCAUACAGGAGAAAGACCUUACGAAUGUAACGAGUGUGGAAAAGCUUUCAGGCAGAGCUCAGAGCUGAUAACCCAUCAGAGAAUACAUAGUGGAGAGAAACCCUAUGAGUGUAAUGAGUGUGGAAAAGCCUUCAGCCUGAGCUCAAACCUCAUCAGACAUCAAAGAAUUCACAGUGGAGAGGAACCUUAUCAGUGUAACGAAUGCGGCAAAACCUUCAAAAGGAGCUCAGCCCUUGUGCAGCAUCAGAGAAUCCAUUCCGGGGAAGAGGCUUACAUAUGUAGUGAGUGCGGCAAGGCCUUCAGGCACAGAUCAGUCCUCACGCGCCAUCAGAGAGUCCACACUGUAAAGUGACUUGUGAAUACAUUGAAUACUGUAAAUAUUUCAGUCAGGCUUCUAUCUUUGUCAGAAGGGUUUCAUUUACUUUGGAGUAAAACUCCACAGAGGUGGUUAUAAAGUACCAGGUCUCAAGUCAUCUGACUAUACAGCACUUCCCAGUGCUCAUGCACAUUGUCCCCUGAAAGCUUUUCCUGUGACUAAUCAGAACAGCAGGCAGAAGAAUUGUUGCUUCCAGCUUUUCUAUUAACGUUAGGAAUCCUCAGGAGAUGGCGGAAGAUGGGAUUAUAACAUUUAAAUCUCAUUUUCCAUGAGACUGUCACAAAGAGGGCACAGCAUCUUGUCAAUGCAUCUAAUGAUCCAUGGGUCAGACUUGGGGGAUGGCAUGGAGGGUAUGAGGGACAUUUUCUCAGGAAUGCAAAAGGUUUUACUGACCAGUUAAGACCAGUGGCAGGGCAGCAAGACAUGGGGAACAGUUUCAUCAGUGACUUAUUGAGCCCAGGGCAGGCUAGAAGUGAGACAUUGAAGAGAAAAUACAAAUUAAGUUAUCCCAGCAGUUAUUUUUUGAGUGGCUGCAAUCAGGCACAAGGGGUACAGUGGACAGUAAGCCCAUCUCUGCAGUUUCAUGGACAAGGCAAACAGGCAGUGAUACUGGUUCCUUCAGUGCUUGUGUGACGUUAAGGAGUACCUGACCCAACCUUGGGUCAGGGAAGGCCUCUGAGAAAAAUUACCUGAAGGAUAAGUGGGAGUUAGCCAGGGAGGUAGGCCACCAGGAAGAAAGUCUGGCACAUCUGAGAAAAGGAAAAGGCUGUGUUACAUAGAGCACGGCUGUUGAGUUCCUUCUGAAGUAUAAAAGAAGUAUAUAGUCCUCCUGACUAUAAAAGAAACAUGGAUGUAGGCAGUCUUGUCUACUACAGUGCCUGUAGUUAAAACCUGAACCAGUGGAAAAGUCUGUCAAUAAACAAAACCUGGAGUGUUUGGAACGCAGGGUGGUAAGGAG